ACACACAUCAAGGUUAGUUCUCAAUCGGCAUAUCAUAUAUUUCACUUUGCAAUGGAAACUACCAAAAUAGUUGAAGAUGUUGUGAUUGUGGGAGGUGGAAUUGCUGGCCUUACUACAGCCUUAGGACUUCACAGGUUGGGUGUAAAAAGUUUGGUAUUAGAAUCUUCAGAUAGUUUGAGAGUGGGUGGAUUUGCUUUAGCAAUAUUGGAAAAUGCUUGGAAGGCCUUGGAUGCUGUUGGUGUUGGAGAUAUACUUCGACACAAACAUAUACAUAUUUAUGGGAAUGUGACUACUUCUUUGAUUACGGGGCAGCGAAUAUCAAUUAUGCCUAAGGACAACAAAGGAGAAAAUGAACAACGUUGUGUUAGAAGGAAAUUAUUGGUGGACACCCUUGCUAAUGAGCUUCCAAGUGGUACUAUUAGGUACUUGUCAAAAGUUGUUGCUGUAGAGAAAUCUGGCUUCUCUAAGAUUGUCCAUCUUGCUGAUGGAACAAUUAUCAAAACCAAGGUGUUGAUAGGGUGUGAUGGAGUAAACUCUGUGGUGGCAAAGUGGUUAGGCUUCAAGGAAGCCGCUUAUACAGGGAGAUAUGGACUUAGGGGUUGUGCAGAAAUGGAAAGCAAUCAUAAUUUUGAGCCUGCGCUCAUGCGGUUCUCUGGAAAUGGUUUUAGAGCUGUAGUGGUUCCAUGUGAUGAAAAAUGUGUUUAUUGGUUUUUUACUUGGACAUCUACUAUUCAAGAUAAAAAACUAUUAGAGAAUCCAACUGAACUAAAACAAUAUGUGUUAAACAAGUUAGAGAAAAUGCCAAGUGAUGUUAGAUAUUUCAUAGAAAAAACCGAGUUACAUGCUUUUAAAUUAGCUCCAUUGAGAUAUAGACAUCCUUUGGAGCUCAUAAUGGGAAAUAUUAGUAAAGACAAUGUUUGUGUUGCUGGAGAUGCUUUCCACCCUAUGACACCUGAUCUUGCUCAAGGGGGGUGUUCUGCUUUAGAGGAUGGGGUGGUUUUAGCAAGGUGUCUAGCUGAUGCAUUCACAAAGAAGCCAGAGGAAGAAGAAGAUGACCAAUACAAAAGAAUUGAGGAAGGAUUGAAGAAAUAUGCAAAUGAAAGAAGAUGGAGAUGCAUUGAUCUUAUUACUACAUCUUAUAUUGUUGGUUUUGUUCAACAGGGUAAUUCAAAAUUGGUUACUUUUAUAAGAGACAAAUUUCUAGGUCCAUUAAUAGCUGGUCAGAUGAUAAAAGAGUCUAAAUUUAAUUGUGGUAAAUUGAAGUAGCCCUUAAAUAUUGUCACCCUUAUCUUGUAAUAAAAUGCUCGGUCCACACUGUUGCAUAUGUCAUCUUGUUAUCUUAAUAAUUAAACUUCAGUUGUGUUAUGCUUUUGAUGCUAAUAUGCUAAACAUUGAUCCCGAAACGUUAAUUAUGUAUAAAAAGUUAUGUUUCCAACAUUAA